AUGAGGCAAGCCCCUCCUCAGGCAGAUUCCUCCUUGUGCUCCUCAGCCUACGGGGUAUUAGCAGCCGUUUCCAGCUGUUGUUCCCCUCCCAAGGCAGCCAUUGUAAUCCCUGAUGCUACCAACCAAUAUUUUUUGUCCUUUAAUGCAUCACCACCAAGGUCCGAUGGUGAAAAUCAGGACGAACGACCAAAAGUGGAUAAGUUGUUUUUAAAGAGAAAGGGAAUAGGAUCAGAAGCCAGGGCUGAAAUCACGGCUAAUGCAGAUGCAGACUUACAGUUGCUGGGGGAAGUUGAACGAGAAAGAUGGCUGCAAAAACAGAAAAGGCGCAGGCUUCAAGGACAGGAAGAUGAAGAUAACAGGUCUCGAAGUGGUGACUCGAACGACUAUGUGGUGCAUGACCCUCUUUUGGAGAAGGGAAAAGAGAAAUUCAACAAAAUGCAGGCCAGGCAAAAACGACGAGAAUGA